AUGGACCUGAGAGGCAAAGCUAUCAGAGGCAUCGCUGCUGGCAUUGGCUUGGCUUCUGAAAGUAUAUCCGCACACAAGGCGAGCAAGCGAGAAAAGAAAGAACGCGAGUCCCAAAGAUCCGUUGAAGGGGUGGAUGGACAGCUUCAAAGAGAGCGUUUAAUCCAACGUGAAAGUGAACGCGAACAUUUCAUCGCUAAUCAACAUGAGCAAGUAUGGGAGCUGGACGAGGCCCAGGACGAACUACACGCCCAUGAACAGAGCAACGAGGAGGCUCCAUCUUACGAUGCGGUCCUGUUAGCGGAGGAGUUCAUUCGCAAUGUCCCUCCCCCGGCCUACGCACCAUCUGCAGCGCCACGGCUUCCUUGGCCUGUGAUUCUUCCGCAGCGUCGACCAAAGUCCCGCAAGAGAGGGUUCGUCAGAGCGUAUGCGCCCGUGCUGGAAGAUUUCGGGAUUGACCAGGCCAUGUUCCUGAAUUUCUUGGAGACAUCUAAUCGGGCGUGCCUGGCUAGUCCGUGGAUAUAUGCGCUCAACCUGGCGACGAUUCCGACGAUGUUUCUUCCCAGUGGGCUUUCAAUUGUGGUUUCGACUCUCAUCCAAAUCGGCACUGACGUUGCGAUUGCCGUUGAAGGAAGAAGAAAGACGAAUACCUUCUUUGAUAAAAUCAACGAGGAAUUCUUCCGCCCCCGUGGUCUCUUCUGUCUGGUCAUGACCUGGGACCCGGAGUCAUCAUCCACAUUCACGCAGUUCAACCUGAACACGACGAUCUCUACCGCUGUCGAGCACGGCGGACCGGGAUUCACGAACAAACUCAAGCAUAAGCUGAAAUCCUCCGAUGGAAAAACCGCAGGGGAGCUCCCAUUCCCCGAAGCGGCACCUCUGAUCUUCCCAGACCUCGACGACGACCUAGGAAGCAACGCCGCCGAAGGAAAACUAAAGGGCACGAAGAAGCGCAAGGAAUUCGUCGACAACUAUCUGGAUCGCCGUUCGCAAGCCAAAUUCAUAAUGGAAAACCCAGACAGUGCAUUGAACCUGGCGCCCAAACCCAAAUUCACCUCGCGCUAUGCCGAUCCCACCCACCCAGCCAGCAGCGGCGACUUCUUAGGCCUCAUCACCGGCGGAAAAUUCACCUCGGAUAACCUCCCCCGACGUGCUCCUCCUGCGGCGCUGGGCCGAAGCGUACUCCCAGACCAACGCGGACGACACGGACGAGACCGACGCUUCCAAGAGUCGGGUCCUGGGGGGAACCUCCGGCUGGGCUCGUUACCUGCGGGGAAUAUCGUCGAGUCUCUUCUCUCCAGACGAACUUCUGGGUCGACGCACCGAAACGCAUCCACCUCGCACGACAGAUACCAAGCGGAGAUGGCUGAAGUAGAAAUCGAACGCGGACAGACCAGACAGCGCCAGCCGGGGCCACCUUCUGGCGGAAUCGGAGGGGGGAUUCAGAAGCUGUUGAAAAGUAAAGUUCUGUACCUGAUGAUAGUGAAUAUGCCAUCGGAGGAGGAACUGGCGGAAGCUCGAGCGAUGCUGAAUUCGUAGGUGUGGAAGGCUGCUAUAAUUGACUUGGAUGAUU